GUCCCGGUCCUCCUGACCCGGAUGUAAAUCCGCAGCGGACAUGCUGGUGGCGCCGUGUGAUUCCUGACGACAUGCGGGCGAUUUCUGGAGGUUUCCCAGCGGUGCUGUGCUGAACUAACCGGGCAGAGACCCGCAGAAGAGACGGCCUUCAGUACGAUGUUCCACAGCUCUUCCCUGGCAGAACCGAAGAAGCCAAGCGACUGUGAGGAACGUUAACCCCGCAUGGCCUGCCAGUCUGCCUCUGCAGUCAUGGACGAGCAGGCGCUGCUGGGGCUCAAUCCGAACGCCGACGCCCCCUACAGGCAGAGGGCUCUGGCGUACUUCGAGCAGCUGAAGCAGUCUCAGGACGCCUGGGAGGUCUGCGCCGACGCGCUGGCUAAAGGCAUCUACAGUGACGACCACGUCAAGUUCUUCUGCUUCCAAGUUCUUGAGCAUCAGAUCAAGUUCAGACAUGCAGGCCUGACGGCGCCUCAGCAGCAGCUCAUCAGGGAGACGCUGAUGAAGUGGCUGCAGACUCAGCUGAUGAUCACCCAGCCGGAGAAGGCCUUCAUCAGGAACAAGGCGGCGCAGGUGUUCGCCCUCACCUUCGUCAUGGAGUACCUGACUCUGUGGCCCAAGUUCUUCUUCGACAUCCUCAACCUGGUUGGUCUGAAUCCGCACGGCGUCGACAUCUACCUGAGGACGCUGAUGGCCAUCGACGCCGAGGUGGUGGACAGAGACAUCCUGCACACGCCUGAGGAAACCCGCAGGAACACUCUGAUCAAAGACUCCAUGCGGGAGCAGUGCAUCCCCAGCCUGGUGGAGUCCUGGUUCCAGAUCCUGUCGGCGUACCAGCGGACCCACCCGGAGCUCACCUGUCAGUGUCUGGAGGUGGUGGGCGCCUACGUGUCCUGGAUCGACCUGAACCUCAUCGCCAACGACCGGUUCGUGAACCUGUUGCUGGGUCAGAUGUCCAUGGAGGACCUGAGAGAGGAGGCCUGCGACUGCCUGUUUGAAAUAGUCAACAAGGGAAUGGACCCGGUGGACAAAACCAAGCUGGUGGAGUCGCUGUGCCAGGUUCUGCAGUCGGCCGGGUUCUUCAACAUAGAACAGGAGGAGGACGUGGACUUCCUGGCCAAGUUCUCCCGGCUGGUGAACGGGAUGGGUCAGAGCCUGGUUCUGAGCUGGACCAAGCUGGUGAAGUCCGGCAGCGCGAAGGAGGCGGCGGAGACGCUGCAGGCGGUGGAGGCCAAGGUUCCGCUGCUGCUUCAGCUGCUGCUGCACGAAGACGACGACAUCUCUGCCAACAUGGUGGGCUUCUGCUACGACUACCUGCACGUCCUCAAACAGCUUCCACAGCUGACGGAGCAGCAGAAGGCGAACGUGGAGGCCGUCAUGCUGGCUGUGAUGAAGAAGCUGACCUAUGACGACGAGUACAACUUCGAGAACGAGGGGGAAGAUGAGGCCAUGUUUGUGGAGUACAGGAAGCAGCUGAAGAUGCUGCUGGACCGCCUGGCCCAGGUGUCCCCAGAGCUGCUGCUGGAAGCCGUGCGCCGCGUCUUCACCAGCACCAUGCAGACGUGGCAGGCGGCGCCGUUUAUGGAGGUGGAGGUGGCCAUCCGGCUGCUCUACAUGCUGGGAGAGGCUCUGCCGGCGUCCCACGGCGCCCACUUCUCCGGCGACACGGCUAAAACCAGCGCCCUGCAGGACAUGAUGAGGACGCUGGUGUCCUGCGGCGUCAGCAGCUACCAGCACUCCUCCGUGUCUCUGGAGUUCUUCGAAACGGUCGUCAGAUACGACAAGUUCUUUGUGGUGGAGCCUCAGCACAUUCCCAAUGUUCUGAUGGCGUUCCUGGACCAGAGAGGACUGAGACACAACAGCCCGAAGGUCCGGAGCCGAGUGGCCUACCUGUUCUCCAGGUUCAUCAAGACCCUGCACAAACACAUGACGGCGUUCAUCGAGGACAUCUUGACCAGGAUCCAGGACCUGCUGGAGCUGGCUCCUCCUGAGAAUGGCUUCCCAGCGCUGCUUACCAGCGACGACCAGCUCUUCAUGUUCGAAGCGGCCGGCGUUCUGAUCGUUAGCGGGGAAAGUCCGAUGGAGAGGAAGCAGGUUCUGAUGCGGAGCCUCCUGGCGCCGCUGAUGGACGCCUUCCGCCUGCUGCUCGCCAAGCUGUUGCAGGAGACGGUGGAGGAGCGGCAGGUCACCCUGGCAGACGCCCUGAGCCACGCCGUCGGCUUCGCCAGCCGGACCAGCAAAGCGUUCAGCAACAAGCAGACGGUGAAGCAGUGCGGCUGCACCGAGGUCUACAGGGACUGUCUGCAGAACUUCCUGCCGGCGCUGAGCUGCCCGGUCCAGCGGGGGGUUCUACGCGGCGCCGUCCGCUCCUUCCUGCACCGCAUGAUCAUCUGCCUGGAGGAGGAGGUGCUGCCCUUCAUCCCCGCCGCCUCGGAGCACAUGCUGAAGGACUGCGAGGCCAGAGACCUGCAGGAGUUCAUCCCACUCAUCAGCCAGAUCACCGCCAAGUUCAAGUGCCAGGUGUCGCCGUUCCUGCAGCAGAUCUUCAUGCCGCUGGUUCUGGCCAUCUUCGAGGUUCUGGGCCGACCCGCCGAGGAGAACGACCAAACAGCGGCGCUGGAGAAGCAGAUGCUGAGGAGGAGUUACUUCAGCUUCAUCCAGACCAUCGCAGGGAGCGGCAUGAACGAGGUUCUGGCCAACCAGGGAGCAGAAAACGUGGAGCGGGUUCUGUUCACCAUCAUCCAGGGCGCCGUGGAGUUCCCCGACCCGAUCGCCCAGAAGACCUGCUUCAUCAUCCUGUCCCGGCUGGUGGAGCUGUGGGGAGGGAAGGACGGCAUGGUGGGCUUCCCUGACUUCAUCUACAAACACAUCGUCCCGGCGUGUUUCCUGGCUCCGCUCAAACCCACCUUCGACCUCUCUGACGCCCAGACGGUUCUGACGCUGUCGGAGUGCGCUCUCACACUGAAGAUGAUCCAUCUCAAAAGGGGGUCCGAGUUCAUCCAGUUCCUGCAGCACGAGUACCUGCCGUCCCUGCAGGUUUCCCCUGAGAUCUCACAGGAGCUGGGUCAGGUCCUGCAGCAGCCCGACGUCAAAGUUCUGAAGAACUACAUCAAGGCGUUCUUCCAGAGAGCCAAGCUGUGAUACCGGACCUCCAACCGGACCCAAGAACUAAACUCUCCGCUCAGCACGCAGGAACUCGGCACUUAUUCAGGAACUGUGGAAGUAGAACGGGUCGGCGCUCCGGGCCGCCUGACAGCUUGGAGGUUCUGGACUCGGAGCAGAAGAACCAGGAGAAAGGAAAAGUUCUGGAUCAGACGAGCAGAUGGCGUCUCACCCCCGAACCCUGAGUUCUUCAGAAAACGGGCCGAACAGAACCGGGUUGAAAACCUUUUAGUUUUUUUUUUGUUUUUUUGGUUGAGUUUGCAGUGGAAACAUUCAACCCAUCCUCUCUGUCCAGAACCAGAACCUUCUGGACUCCAGAACCAUCUCCAUCUCGCUGUGGAUCCUCCAUAGGUUCUGAUGGAUCGGAGGAACAAAGUGUAAAUAGAGAAGUUCAGACUGUAAAUAAAAGAUCCUAGCUUUAGUUUUUUUAAUAAUUCAUCUCAUCUGGAAGUUUUGUACGGAAGCCCAUGAAGGCCAAGAUUAAACAGCCAGUUAAUGUGUUAAAGAGGAACUCAUUCUGAUUUUUCCUUUGAAUGUUUACAUGAAAAUAUUUUCUGUUACUUUGAUCGAAACGAGUUAAACUCUGAUGAGAGUCGGACCGUUGGAGGAUUUUUAUUUCAUUUAUUUAUCAUGUUGCCGUUUUAUUCUGGAACUCUGUGAAGUUCCUGUAGAUCUCAUUUCAUCUUAAAAUAAUGUAGAUUAUUUUUAAGCCCCGUUUCAGCCCGAAGAAAGUUUUUGUUUAGAUUAAUUCGAUAUUUAAUUUGGGAAAAUUUCGGUUAUCUUGACCCAAAUAUUGUAAAAGGAGACCGAACGGCUCAGAAGCAUUGCUUCAGUUUGGUUGUGAUUUUUAUCCAUGUGUCUGAGGGCCCAAAUGUGCCAUGAUUAAAACUGCAAUCAUUAAAAUGAGUCACCUGCCAGUGAUUUAUUGAAAUAAACUCAUGGUUAAAGCCUUUUUACUGACCUGAUUAGUCCCAUAUAAGCAGAAGCUGUAAGCCCCGCCCACUAGCUGCUAUCCUGAGCUGGAAAUACAUUUUCUUGAUUUGUUAGAAUUAUAAUCAUCCAUCUAAAUCACUCAAAUCAAGUUACUCCUAUUUAUAAAAGGUGUUUUGGUCAAGAUGGGCUCAAAUGAGGAACUGAUCCUCUUCAUUGUUGAAAAACAAAAUGCAGAUUUUGACCAUAAAAUAUGGGCAACUGUUGCACCAUGUUCUGUGAGCCUUAGAGAUGGGAGAGUUGUGCCAAGAAAAGAUCAAGAAACUCUGGGAUUGUUAGGAAAAAGCUUAUUGAUUGAGAGGUUGUCCUCCAUGUUGUUCUGCUAACCAUGUGAAAUGGGAUUCUUAAUCUAAAGCCUGUUUUUAAUCAUAUGAAUUUGAUUCCUAACAGAUGUCAGCUUUUGGUUUAAAGGAUUGAAGCUGAGUAGAGAGUAGAGGUCUGGGCAUUUAUUUGCAUUUGCAAUAUAAUCUCAAUUUAUAAAAAUGCAUUUUUCAAAUCGCAGAUGCACUCUGAUUUUUAGUCACAAUACAAUUCACAAAAGUAAUUCUAAAUUUCUCCCUUCAGGAGGCAGUAAAUGGAUUAAAGGUGGUAGGAAGCAUUGUGGCACAAAAGGGAACAAAGACUUGCAGCUAGAUUUAGUCAUUAUAGUGGACUACGCUGGGUAAAGUUCUCAGUCAUCCAGGUUAUUGUCAUUCAUAAAAAGUUAAAAACAAUCCACUGAACUUUGUUUCCAAGUUUGAAGAUGUUUCGCUUCCCAUCCAGAAAACUUUUUAAAAUCAAAAUGUCAGAAAUGGCUUUGAGUUCGAGGCUCUUAUACAGCAGCCCAACAAAGCCUUUAGACAAGAUGCUAAUUGAAACAGACGAAUGUUGAAUUGCUAUCUGAAUAGUGCUGGCAGUUAGGAAGGAGUAGAGCUGCAACCAGGAAGCUUCAUU